CACGUGUCUGGUCCUUCUCACCUGGCAAGUCUCGCCUCAGGUCCAACGUCGGGUCUCAGGGGCCUCGUGUCUUAUCGAUUCGCUUGAUGUUUGUCGGAGGAGUUUCCAGAUUAAAAGAUCCCCUGGUUCUGAUUCUGGGCGUAAAGUGGAUCAAUCGGUCCUCGUUGAAGCGUUUUUGUUUGAAACUUCUGGGUUUACUGGAUGGAACUGGUUCUGCUGCUCUUUGUAUUUGGGUCCAGGUGCAGAUUCUGGGUCAGAUCUAGAGGUUCUUCUGGUUUCUCUGACAGAAUGUAGAUAGUUCCCGUUAACAUCCAUCUGAUCCAUUCCACAGAUCUUGUCCUGGUCCGGGUUCUCCUCCAGAGAUGCUCUGAUGACGAGAACACCUGUCUGCCCAACAAAGUCAGGGAUCAGAGGUCAUGGCGGACAAGUUUAAACAUGUUCCCUGAUCCUUUAAAUAACUAAGCUUUUCCAGAUUUCAUGAGUAGUUCCUGAUGUUCUCUCUAGAGGAAGAACCUGUGAAUCCUUGAACUGGAUCCUCAGAGGCUCAGACUGGAUUUACUGUAAAAUUUCAGAAAGCAAAUCUUUUUGGGGGAUAUGUAAAAAAAUGUCUCUUGCAGGGUGGGCCUCCAGCAUGUUAACCAACAUUAUGUACCAUUACAUAAACAAAGAUAAAGUACCACAGCAGUAGUACUACAGUACUACAACAUCUAUGUAAACGUUUCACAAUAAAGAGAGAGAACAUCAUCUAAAAAUAAAGUCACAUGAUGUGGAAGCAUUUAAAGAAAACAUAAUUUUUCUAUGAAAAUAUUAAUAUUAAAUAUGAAAGUUAUCUGGCUAAUCGAACCAUCCUGAGGUGACUAUAAAUGAAAUCUGUUGAUUUAGCUGUGAUCGGACCUGAACCAGGAUGGAGAUCUGUCACUUAAAACUAACUUCAGCAUGGUUUCCUUUUUGCUUUUCACAGUGCUGAUGUGGAGGUUCUAAGAAAAGCAACAAUUUUUGUGUUUUUUUUAAUGUUCCUCAUACAUAUGACAUAUGUAUAUAUGUCGAUGGUUCCUCAGCAAUUCACUUUUCUGCUCACCUUAAGGGGUGGUCACAAUCUUUCAACAAUUAAAGAGAUAUUGUUUGGAUGUGGAUCGUUUGUGCUCUGCUUUGAUUGGGCAAUACUAUGUCAUUGAAUAUAUAUGUGUUGUUUACCGUGAUUAUUGGGGAGACAUCUGUAUGGUUAAUGGGUGCGUCCCCUUGGGAUCUCUGCCUAUGUGUUUCAUGUUUCUCCUGACAGAUUCUGAUCUUGUCUGGACCAAUGUUUUAAGCCUGUCUGACUGAGGGGGUCCGGAGAAGCUGAAUGAUGCUGGCGGCAGGUGGAAGCUCCUCCUCAGCCCUCCAGUUCCGCGGGGGAGCAGUGGCACUGCCGGUAAACCCAGCUGAUGUUCCGGCUCUGGAGAUAAAACUGGGAGCUCUGGUGGUUCUGCUGUCCAUCACUCUGGUGUUUGGAUUUGCUCCACUCUGCAUCGUCCGAGGGACGGGGCGCUGCAGCAUCAACUCAGACAACUACACUGACCUGUGCCAACAGAGGGAGGCUUUCAUAAAGGGUGAGGACAUCUGGAAAAGAGAGGAAGACAGGGGAGGAAAGAGGAAGAUAAAGCCCAACAGCAGGUGGAUGGACAAUGAGGAAGAGAGUCAACAAUCAAAAAAGCAAAAAUUUUAAACGGCAUCCUGUCCUUCAAAAGAGGCUGCAGACCAAAUGAUUGAAGACUUGAAGAAGGAUCUGAUGGCAAGACAAAAAGAUUUAGAGUCCCCAACCGAAUAUGAGGAGUUAUCAGAUGACGAGCUGCCAUCCAGGAACUGGAGCAAGGCACAAAGGCAAAUAAAGCCGUUAAUAGCCGAGAAUAAAAGGCUGAAAGAAGACAACUUUAAACACCCAAUAGAAGCAAUGAAAGAGCUUCCAGCAGUCGGGCAGAACUUACGAGACAUAUCUGAGCUAUUGUCAUUGAUCUCAAGCAGUGCAUCUGCCAGAUCAACACUCGUGCAAACACCUGUACGAACACCAGCGAGAUCAGAACUGCAACUUUCUGCACCCGCGUCUCCUCAGGUGGACUCUGCUGACUUGGUGUCUCUUGUGUCAGGAGAGUCAAAGUCCCCAGACAGAAGCUCAACUCUCUGCGGACUUCAAGUCACUCAGUUUACAUCGGAGACCUGGCAGUGCUCGUCUACGGCAGGGAAACGCUGUCCUGUGACCCCCCCCCCCCCCCCCCCCACCACCACCACCACCACCACCACCACUACCACACUUCCCACUGGUCAGGUCGCGGAGACAGUCGCCUAAACAGGGAGGCCAAGACUUUCCUCUCACCAGCCACUUGGGCCAGCUCUUUCGGGGGAAUUCCCAAAGCGUUCCCUUCCCAGCCGAAGAGUCUCUCCUUCGGCUACAUCACACAUUGCACCCAACAUCUUUGGCUCCUUUCACAAGUGGUGAGUCCAAGAAAUGUAUUGAACAGAAAGACAAGCUGAAUUUACGCCCUUCUCUGUUAUUGCAGCCAAACGUGUGAACUUACCUAAACAAAUACGAUGAAAUGCUAAAAACUGGUUUCUUCAUUAGCUUCCCUCCCACCCCCUCGCAAUUUACUAUAGUGGACAGCAAAGCAUGCCCACGAUGAAAAACAAGAUUAUAAACUUCUUUCGACUGUUUUAACAGCCCAUCUAAAGUGCUGUAAAUUAGCUAUGGCUAAAAGCAUCUUGCUACAAACAUGUGAACGUGGUUUUACAAUGUCCAUGUUCCUGUAUCUGUCUUUAAGUACAUGCCAUCAAUGAAUAAUUGUGUUUGAAGGACUGAUUUUAAAAUUUUCGAACCCAGGGUUUAGAAUGCCGGGCGUGAUGCAGAUUUAAGGUAAGUACUUCCUAUGACUUGUAUACCUUAAUUUCAUUGGUAUUCCUUGUAAGUCUAAGCGUGGUUCAUUUUUAACUUCACCCUUAGUUCUCCGAACAACGUUUGUUUGAUAAGUUGACAUGUUUUCUUCCUCUAUGUCAGUCAAUUCCUUUCUCAACGUCUUUUUCGCCGCUGAGUUUUGCUUGAGAGCUGAAAGUCUCGCUUUAUCUAACCGUUUUAACUUUGAGUCUACAUACUCUAUUCUGUCAAUCGCAGAGCAAGACUCCUCCUUAACAUCUAAUGGUAAAUGCCGGUAUUUUGCCAACAAAUAGUCUUGGAACUGAUUCUCUCUCUUUUUCUGUUCCUCUAGGUUUGACGAGCCUUCUUGAUUUGAACACUUCAGGGCUUCCAGUUUGUUAAUUUUUUGUUUAUUUUGUGAGAUAGCACCUAAAAUCCAGUCCUUCUUACGACUAGGCAUUUGGUUUAAUUUCAUAGGAGUUGCUCUUAACUCUAAGGUUGGUACUAAUUUAAUUUUUGAGAGACAGUCAUCUAAAAUCUUCUCUUCCAGGGCUUCGUUUUCAUGUUGUAAUUUGUAAUUUUGCAGGACUUUAUUUUCCUCUUCGAGUUCCCAAAGUAAAUGCCCCUGUUUACUUAAAUUACGCUUAUGGGCUAAAAUUGUAUCUUUGGCAUCUCUAUUUACUAAAAUUAAAUCAAGAUCAUAUUUUUCUAACUCCUCUUCAUAAGUGUCCAGUUGCUCUAAUUUCUCUGCAGCAGAACGCUCAGUCUCUCUUACAAAGCGCUCUUUCAAAUCUUUGAGUUUUUGUUCCACAUUAAAUAAGUUUAUUAACAAUCUCUCCCUUUCUUUCAGUGGUUCUAUAUGAGGAUGAUGUAGGUUUUCCAUGCUACCUGUUUGCUCUGAGGCGUGAACUGUGACUGAUCCGACGCUGGUCAAGGUAUAUGACG